CGUUCGUGGUAAAUUCAAGCAAGCCUCGACAUGAUUAUUGCGCGUAUUAACUGGCUAACAUCUAUCGUCAUUAUGUGUGCUUCGAAUGGGAUAUAAACACUUCAGUUUCUGAUUGCGCAAGUACAGUAUUAUACGAAGCACGGAGCUGAUAUCAUAACUGUUAACUGUUCAAAUAUCAGUCGGUACAUAGUCCGUAGUCGACACAUGUAAUAGUACUCAAUGGCUUCCGUUCGACCAGUGGUGUUGCUGAUGGGACUGAUCAGCUGCAGUCAAAUAUUAUAUGCCCAAGAAUCGUAUCGCUGUGAUUUCGAAGCGGAUCUUUGUUGGAUGUACGUAGCCCCGUUCGGCAUACCAUGGAUGCGGCGGAACCAGGCGGAUCUCUUGGCCGACAACGUCCCUAAUCGACCGGACGAACUGGCUAACAAUCAGUGGUACCUGUCUUUAACGCCUGCCCCAUUUGGCUCUUUUGACGCCUCUGAACCCAAUAUCGCAAUCGCACGAACACCCGUUAUUCAUGGCGGCGUCAGUUUGGAUGGCACAGCAAAGGACUUCUGCUUGUCUUAUUGGCUGUAUAUGGCAAGCGAUCAACCCAAUGAAUUCCGUGUGUCCAUCGCGGAGAUCGAGACGUCGGCCUACUAUGUACUGCAGUCAUUCACGGGUAAUGCAGCGCCUGCUUGGCGGCGUGAAUCCGUUAAAUUCCAGCAGCGGGACGCUUUCCAGCUCGACCUUUUUGCCAUGAUUCUACCAGUUUCCCAGGCUAAUUUCUUUCAGUUGGCCCUUGACGAUUUGACGGUGGCCAAAGGAUUGUGUUAGUGGUACCCAAUAUCGCAAUAAAUUACAUAUAAUUGAAGAGGAAGAUCAAAGUGUACGAAACAAUUUGUAUGGAUAAACGGAAUGGGACCAAUCUGGACCGCUCACAUACGGGGCCAUUGUGUCAUUGACGUCGUCGUGUGCUGCACACAAGAAAGCUGCGCUUUUGGCACUGCGGUUUACAAGGAGGAAAAGAUUGGAAGAACGGGAGAAGCAGCACGGUUUAAUAUGGUGCAUCGGGCAUGCACGAAGAAACGGCAUGAUGCUUGCCAAUGCAGGUUGCGCCGUUGCAGCGUAGUACAUAAUACGUCAUAAUUAUGAAGGAGUAUCGGAGUAUGUACGAUACGUUACUGAUAUACACGUUCACAAUACGCAUUGGAAUACGCGUAUAUAAAACGCGGCUAUUCAUAUGCGCUACGAUUGCCUUUGCCACUCGCCAGCUGCAGUUAUUAUUGUGCCGCAGGCAUCCAUAAAGUAGUGAGUGUGGUAUCUCUUUUCCACCGUUAAUUUAAUGGUAUUUUCGCGUUAACCGGUAUUUUUCAGAAGUUUGAAUUUGGACUGCUGGCACCCGUUCUUGUGGCUUCGUGGUUCGAAGCAGUGUCGCUGCCCAAACUAAGGUUCGCUGUUCACAGUUAUGAGUUGGGAAAACCUGUUGUACAAAUGACAGCAAACGAGGAGCGAACUUCUGAACAGAGUUCAUUUGAUUACGGCCAAUCGCAUCCAGUGUUAGCGGGAUCUAGCAAUCCUGCGCUUCGCGUACAGUCUGUGAUACGCUUCGCCCCCUCCCCUGAUGAAUCACGGUGUCCAGACAAAAGCCCGUCCUCUGACUUUGAAGUGAAUUCCGUAGUCCCAUUGCGGCCCCCUCCGGACCAUCCCCCAAAAGCGGGCACCCAGCCUGUUGUUUUUCGGACAGGACGAUUCAGUUCCAGUCUGCGGUCUCGCUCGGGCCAGCUCGUGCGCUUUUCCGAUUCUUCUGGUGUUCGUCGAGAUUCCAGGGACAUUCUCCAGUCGACGCUGCCGAGCCAUUUCGUCCAUUCCCUGCACUGUCCGUCCACCAUCGACAAAUACUGGGAGACUGUUACAGCGCGGAACAGUGCGCUAGAGAAGGUGAUCGUUGGUGUAACGGAGGCAUACGAAACUGCUUACGGCGAUGAGAUUGUUGCCUUUUCCACCCUUAUGAUUGCGGCCCUCCGGGACGGUCUCGUGCCGCAUGAGCCCCAGGCCACACCGUCGCAUUGGAUCAAGCUGCUCUCAGCCUUUACCAAAAGGACAGCUGAACGUUUGGCUACCUUUGCCUCACUGCUCGCCGGUUUUCACGAUCUUUCCUUCGACGACCAACGGACGUUGUUAACGGAAAAGCAUCUCAUCAGCUAUUUGAUACACUAUGCUAAUUACUUCCACAAAGGAGAAUACUACAUUCUGAUUCCUGCUGGUGCAUCCGGGCUGCAUUUGUCCAAAUACGUCGUAGAAUCAUUGCUGGAGGUCGAUGGGGAUUACCUGCGGUUUGUUGGUUCUCGUUUUGCGUCAAUUAACAGCAGUGACCUGACGUUGGUGGAGCUUUACCUGCUGUUAGCCGCGGCUAUUUUUUAUCCAGAAAACACAAAAGCCUCGAACAAGACGCUGAUGGGACAUACUCACGCGCUGUACAUGGACGCAUUGUAUUAUGCCAUUGAAAAGCGGUUGAAUAUCGCCGAUAGCGCAGUGGUCUACGCGAAAGUGCAGAAGAUUGUCAGUCAUUUCCCGCUGAUCGACACCAUCUCAGUGAAUUACCUGCAAAAUUUGAAUUACAAUACCGUUCCGCUGCGUUCGCGUUCGCUUGGCUUCAAAGAUUCGGUCGAAAGACGAACCGAUGCCACCGGAGGCUACCUUGAAUUCUAACCUGGGGAACUGAGUUUUUACAGAUAUGGACGACUUCGUACAUGUUAAGUUUUUCGAGGCACUCUUUUGUUUAUUUGAAUCCUUUGUAUCCUGCCGCAUCAAUUCCGCCCAAAGCCGUACUUAUUUUCUAUUUCUGUGUGAAUCACUUAAUUUGUGGAUGAGUAGAGAUGUGUGGAAUUCCGCACCUCACUUAUCUCGCCCAUGUAACUGUUUCCUUAAAUCAAGACCCUUCCUCAUCGUCACAGCUGAUUCUGUUAACUGUCGUCCUCAGUACACGGUAUCGGGUCUUCUUGGGUUUCUUUUCGUGUUUGGUUUUUGAGCUUGGGGCCGUUUCCGGCCAUGUUCGGCAUAAUUGCCCAAAGGACUUAAAUUCCGAGCACACAUUUGGCGUUCUCGCGCGGCGUGCAGGAGUAAUGUACCAUCGCUGUUUUAAGCGAAGUUAUAUUGUACAACAAUAUCAGUUUAGAGCAGUUUUUCACCCGCGACCCAGCCCCUUCACCGAGACCAAUUAUUGUCACAACAAAAGUCUUGGAAAGAUAAUUUCUGGAGACAGCCAUUAAUCCUUUUGUACAAAAACCAUUCUCCUUUUUUAUCGGAAGCAAUCACCUGGAUUCUCAGACCUUCAGACGUAAGGGCGAGGCAACAUGAGCAACGAUAAUUCUGUUG